AUGCAUCUGACAGGUGACAUCCACGCGGCUACGGUGGCAAAUAAUCUGCUGGCAACGCAGCUGGACGCACUUAUUUUCCACGAGGCAACCCAAACCGACCAGGCUUUGUACGAGCGGCUGGUGUCGGCCAUCAAGGGAUCACGCAAGUUCGCCCCGAUCCAGCUACGUCGACUAAAACGCCUUGACAUCGACAAAACGGACCCGUACACUCUUACGCCGGACGAGAUUUGUCGAUUCGCCCGACUCAAUGUCGACCCACACAAAGUUGUUUGGACGCGCGGGCUGGAAUAUUUCGGGCCACUCUACGCCGUUGCUGGACGCCGUAAAGAAAAACGGAGAGGAGCGCUAUUUACCUGCCUCACAACCCGAGCGAUACACCUGGAACUGGCAUCCAAGUUAAAUUCGGAAUCCUGCAUUUUGGCAAUUCAACGAUCCAUCGCCAGAAGGGAAACGCCGAGAGAAAUCAUCUCCGAUAGGGGCACCAACUUCGUAGGAGCGUCGCGAGAACUCAAGGUGGCUGUCAAGGAGGUAGAUAAGGGGAAAUUAAUUGAACGAUUUGUGACUCCAAUUUUAAGUGGACGUUUAACUCCCCAGCUGUUCAACCUACCCCAGCUGUUUCGACGCGAAAAAAUACAUAUCGCGAAUGAUGUUUUGCAACGGCCGGCCACUAACAUCGCGAUACUCGAUGUAAAGUGCCAAAAAACGCGAGGCGGACGAAUGUGA